AUGGGCUGCUCAAUCAAAGCAAACUUAUUAUCUCCGUGGCGUCAAUUCUUCGUCCUUAAGGAACAUCUACUUGAGGUCGAUUGCUCAAUUUUAACACCCGAACCAGUUUUGAAGGCCUCUAGACACAUAGACCGGUUUACGGAUUUCAUGGUCAAAGAUAUCUCAUCUGGCGAGUGUUUUCGGGCUGACUAUCUAAUAACGGCAGGACUACAAGCGAUUUGGGGUUCAAAAAAGAUUGAAAAAAAGACAAGACGGAGAUAG